AUGUCCUCUAUACAACUCUGGAAUGGUAUCGACACUCCCAUACAUUAGAGUACUAAUCUAUUUAGCUAAAAAUUUAAGGAGAGUGAAGAAUUUAAUUGCAAUGGCUUCCAGCCCAUGUGUCCACAUCAUCCUUAAAAAAAAGCUAAAUACUUAUUACUUAAUGACACUGGUCCCAAUGAAAAAUUAUGCACCAAAUGUGCAGUUUAAUUAGCUCAACAAGGGCAUAAAAUUGAAAAUAUUGAAGAGGACAAUGUCAAGAAAAAACAAACUGAUUCAUUCAUUGAGCAAUUAUUAUAAACAAAAAGUGAAAUAGACAAUGUUCAUUCCAAUUUAUUAUCAACAGAAGCCAAUCUCAAAAAGUUUUAUAAUGACCAAUAUACUUAAGUUGUCAAGACUUUCGGAGGAAUCGAAAAAUAAUUACAAAUGUGCAAAUCUCAAUUGCUUUGUGCCUUAUCAUAAUCUCUAUGGUCUGGAGUUUAGAUGACCAAUCAAUUAAAAGUGUAAUCCAAAUAGAUUGAACAUCAAUUGGCUACCUACAUUAGUGACAUCAGAAAUCAUUAUGAUAAAAUUGUCUAAAUGGGUACUCUACCAUUUAAUCAGAUUAUGGGAGGUCAAUUCCUCAAGGAUAUCUAAGAUAAUAAGGUGGCCUAUCUUCAUUACGAAGGUAAGAUAAGUUCCCUUGAUUCCUUUUUAAAAGAAAUUAGUAAAUUAACUGAAAAGGACUAUCAAAAUAAAAAAAGAAAUCAUGAAAGCACGAGGUCAAGUUCUGAGUAAAAAACCUCUAAAAGUACUGAGAAGGAAAAGAGACAUCAAAGUUAACCUAAUAGUAAGGAGGUCAAAAGUUUUGAUAAUUCAGAAAAAAAAACUGCUCAAACCUUCAAAAUCACAGAAGAGUCCAUUGAGGAAUGGAUGGAGAAUUCAAAUUCUAAAUAGAGGCGCACUGAACCUGCUGAAUAAUUAUAAAGUCCAAACAUAUUAGCCACUAAAUUCUUUAAGAAAUAGCUUCAUCCAAGUAGGGCUUCUAUGAAAUAAGAAACUAAUUAAGCUAUGCUUGAUAAAUUGAUCUCAGAAUUCUCUUAAAUUAAACAAGAGAGAGCUAUGAAAAAGUAAUCCAGGACUCCUGAAUUAGGAAAAUCCGUUAAGGAAAGCUUUCCUAACAAAUUAUCACCAAAAUUUCUUUAUAAAAAUUAUUACAAAUGA